CAACCACUACCCAGCACGCUCAAGUUCAGUGUCAUCUGAUACUAGGUAGAGGUGUGAUUCUAAGCGCAAUUGUAGGCGCCUAGUACAAAUCCUGUUCUAAAAGGCAUAUGAGUUGCGUUUAAGCUGCUUCCUACUUUAAGCAGUUUCGGAUCGCGAGCUGCCAUUUACCGCUUCGAUGUGUUGUGUGGAUUAUCGAUCGCGACGUAGUAGUUACCUGUAUAUGGGAGAAACAGUGUAACCUCUGUGUGAUGUAUCGCUUUCCCAUCAGCAGCAGCAGCAGGGAUCGGAGAAGCGGGUGGGUUGUGCUGUUUGUACUAACUAGCUCGCGUUGACGCGCGCUGCUGUUCGGCUUCGGCGUGGUGCUGGUGCUGCUCACUUCCCGGUUUAAUAGAAGGCUAAGGGUAAUCCCAGCCCAGGAGCAGUGUUCUCUCUCAGUCGCGUCGCGAUUGUCGAUUCGAUCGGUUCCGAGUUAGUUGGCUAAAACACAUUGUUCUAACGGACGGACGGAAGUGUGUUGUUUUUGUUAAUUCGAACGAGAAACAGAAAAAAAACGUGAUCACGUUCUGCGAGCUCCCAAUAAUAAAACUCAGUCAGACAGAACUGAAUGUACGAUGUUCUUGUUGGUGACGGUAUUUUUUGCGAUCGUUAGUUUGGCCGUUUUUGUUUAUCAAAAAUUUGCGAACCAGUUGCAUUACGGUGCGAAGAUCGGUGGCCCGAAAGGUUAUCCCCUGGUUGGAAAUGCAUUCACAUUCAUCAACAAGUCUCCACCCGAUUUUUUCCUCACCAUCGAGAGGACGGUACGCGAGGCCGGAAAAUGCUUCCGCCUUUGGCUGGGACCGGAGAUGCUGAUCGUUGUAACGGAUGCUAAGGUCGCCGAGGGCGUCCUGAGCAGCCAGAAGUUCAUCGAAAAGUCCGGCGAGUACAACUUCAUACGUCCAUGGCUGGGGGAGGGAUUGCUGACGAGUAGCUACCGCAAAUGGCACUCCCACCGGAAGAUCAUCACGCCCACGUUCCAUUUCAAAAUUUUGGAACAGUUUGUGGAGAUAUUUGACAGCCAGAGUAAUAUCCUGGUGGAAAAGUUGAAACCAUUCGUGGAAAGUGGAGAGACGUUCGAUGUAUUCCCACUGGUAACGCUGUGUGCCUUGGAUGUGAUCUGUGAGUCUGCUAUGGGAACAAAGGUGAAUGCACAGAAUCACUCCGACUCGGAGUAUGUUCAAGCCGUGAAAGAGAUCACAACGAUCAUCCACAUCCGAACGUACGACGUCCUCGCUCGUUAUGAUUUCCUGUUCAAUCUCUCAUCCUACCGAAAAAGACAAGACAAAGUCCUCGAAGUCUUGCACGGUUACACCAACAGUGUGAUCCAGUCCCGGAGACGAGAGUUGAGUGAUUCCAAUGGAGUCAUAACCGGGGACAGCGCUAGCUCUGAGUUGGGAAUUCGUCGAAAGGUUGCCUUCCUGGACAUGUUGCUGCAAGCUACGGUCGAUGGACGUCCCCUGACAGAUGUGGAAAUUCGCGAGGAGGUCGACACGUUCAUGUUCGAAGGCCACGAUACGACUACGUCUGCUAUCAGUUUCCUACUGUACCGAUUGGCUAAACAUCCAGAAGUCCAAAAGAAGGUAUACGAGGAAAUAAAGGCUGUGAUAGGCGAGGAUUUGACCGGCCCUGUAACUCUCUCCAUGUUGAACGAACUCCACUACCUGGAGUUGGUGAUCAAAGAAACUCUACGGCUGUACCCUUCAGUACCUUUCUUCGGAAGAAAGGUUUUGGAGAACAGCGAAAUCGAAGGAACCACCUUCCCGGCGGGAUCCAACCUGAUUCUGAUGCCGAUGUUUAUGGGCCGUGAUCCGGAUUACUUUGACGAUCCGCUGGAGUUCCGACCGGAACGAUUCGAGGCGGAAACUUCCGCAGAGAAAGUCAACCCCUACCGGUACAUUCCGUUCAGUGCGGGACCGAGGAACUGCAUCGGGCAGAAGUUUGCCAUGGCAGAGCUGAAAAGUGUUGCCAGCAAGGUGUUGAGGCACUUUGAAGUGUUGCCGCCGGUGGGUGGGCAGGAGGAAUCGUUCAUUGGGGAGAUGAUUUUGCGGCCAACGUAUGGGAUUUUGUUGCGGUUGAAGAAAAGGAAUUAGGAUUGCAUAUGAUUGAUUAUUUUUUUACCAAGAGUAUACAUGAUGUGAUGUGAUGUGAUGUGAUAAUUGAAAUUUAUUUGGGAAAUUAUUUUGUUAAGUUUUAAACCACGUAAUAAAUAUAUUAGUAUAUGUUGAAA